AUGGGUAGAGGAAAGAUAGAGAUUAAGUUUAUAGAAAACCCAUUUAACAGACAAAUAACUUACUCCAAGAGAAAGUCAGGGAUUCUUAAGAAAGCUAGAGAACUAACCAUUCUCUGUAAUGCUCAAGUUUGUCUCAUCAUGUUUUCUAAAAGUGGCAAAAUUGCUGAAUAUAUCAGCCCUUCUACUACGUUGAAGGACUUUUUAGAUAGGUAUCAAAGGAAGACUAAUACAGAUCUAUGGGAAGCUCAAUAUGAGGCGUUGCAAAAAGAACUGAGAGCACAGCAGGAGAUUGGCAGUAGACUAAAGAAAGAGAUUAGGCAAAGGACUGGAGGAGACGGCUUGAGUGAACUUAGCUUUGAGGAACUGCGUGUUCUUGAGGAAGAUUUGCAUCAUUCUCUGGGUAUUGUUCGAAAUCGUAAGAACCAUGUUUUGACCAGUCAGACCCGUACCACCAUGAAAAGUAUUAGAAUCGAGGAAACACGGAGGAGUAUUCUCCAACGCUCAUUAUGUGCUGAAAGAGAGAAGCAAGAGUCUCAUCUCAUUGCAGUUCCUGCUGGUAAUGAUGGAGAUGACCAGCCGCACUUUACUACGCUGCAAAUGUUCACAAAUUGGUUUUCAACUGCAACCAAGCCAUCCCAAUCUUCCUGA